CAGCGGCCAUGUCGGAUGCGUUUGAUGAAACACAGGAAAGACGAAAGGAAGAACAUCUUUGUUUACAUUUGUCCGAAGAAGCAGGAAAAGUUUAAAUUGUAUUAGUUUCACCGGCUCAUUUUGGUUUCGAAAUGAGCUAGACACUUUUUCUUGUUGAAUUACUUUGCAAACAAUGACAAACGAUCCAAUUGUCCUGUUUAGUUAGCUCUCUGGAGCAUGAUGAUGUCUGCUUGCUACGUGGGUAGCUAGCUAGCUAUCGAUGUUAGCAACAAUCAGUCGCUAACUAAACAGUUCACGGAGGACGACUGACUAUGAUAUUUGACCUCCGAUGUUAUUAAGAAAUUAAAAGAUUGUUAUCAAAGUUUUUAAAAAUGGAUAUCAGUCUAUCAGUUUCCCUUAUGCAGGGCCAGAUGGGUACCGUGAUAGAGAGAGCCGUGAGUGCCGCUGUUGAGACGGUGUUGGGGGAGAUGCUGAAGGUGGUCGGUAUUAAAUUCGACGAGCUGAAGAGGGAGGUCGCAGCAAAAGAAAAAGAGACCGAGCGCUUCAGACAGAUGCUGGAGAUUUCCCGAUGUCAGAUAAAGACAAUGCGGAAGUACAUGAACGCUCUGGGUGCCAGGCAGCAGACCAACCAGAGGACAGCAUUCGGCCAUUCGGAUCCGCACAGAGCUCACGGUUCCUCAGCGGCUGCAUCCGAGGCAGCACAGUCCUCGGGUUUACCACAACCACAGAGAAGGACAGUUACGAACAACACCCAAAUGUCCAUUACAAAUGGAAACGUACUGCCAAGGAAUGAAAUCACUGUCACCCUACCCUCUGAUAACUUGGCCAGAUCCUCCCAACCUUCUGAGAAUAUGAUCAGGGCCACAUCGUCGUUUGACAGCCAUGAUGACCUGACUGCCAUGGUCUCACAAGUUCUGGAGGACCCAUCAUUGAUCACCACUGUCUCUGCAAUGAAUAGUUCAUCAGAGCACCUGGAACCUUUGAAAGGUAAAAUAACAUAUGCCUUGUUUGAGAAUGCAUGGGUAUUGUUUUGUGUUUGCUUGAGUGUGUGUAAAUUGAUGGCCUGACUAAAACCUAGUCCAGCCCUAUUGACUGACACCUAGUCCAGCCCUAUUGACUGACACCUAGUCCAGCCCUAUUUACUGACACCUAGUCCAGCGCUAUUGACUGACACCUAGUCCAGCGCUAUUGACUGACACCUAGUCCAGCCCUAUUGACUGACACCUAGUACAGCCCUAUUGACUGACACUUAGUCCAGCCCUAUUGACUGAAACCUAGUCCAGCCCUAUUGACUGACACCAGAACUUGUGAGACUGAAACCUAGUCCAGCCCUAUUGACUGACACCUAGUACAGCCCUAUUGACUGACACCUAGUACAGCCCUAUUGACUGACACCUAGUACAGCCCUAUUGACUGACACCUAGUACAGCCCUAUUGACUGACACCUAGUACAGCCCUAUUGACUGACACCUAGUACAGCCCUAUUGACUGACACCUAGUACAGCCCUAUUGACUGACACCUAGUACAGCCCUCUAUAUUCCCCCUGUGUUGGUUGACAUACAUGUUACCUCUCUAGAACCAGAGGUGUCUGAUGAGAGCCAGAGGAGGGAGGAGGAAGAAGAGUGUGAGGCUGAGUGGACCAUCAGUACACAGCCACCAGAGACCAGCACAGACUCUGGGAACCAGCUGGUCCUCUCCCCGCUCAGGACUGACGGAGCAGAUUGCUUUGCCACCACGGCUGCCGGGAGUGCCCAGUCACCCUCCCAGUUCCUGUCCCAGCCUCAGCUCCAGGUGAAAGAGGAGGAGGCGGAGGUGGAGAUCAUCUGUAUCAAGCAGGAACCUGAGGAGGUUGAGAGUCUGCUGUUCAACCUGGCUUCUGAGGUCCUCAACUCCCAGGGCAACCUUUUAGACAGGCACACUCAGGGGAAUCUCCUGGACUGUCACAGGACAGUACCCUCACAGGGCCAGAGAGACAGGACAGUACCCUCACAGGGCCAGAGAGACAGGACAGCUUCCCGUCCCUCACAGAGCCAGAUGACCUUAGCAGAGCACACAGCGUUCACCUCAGCCAGCCCUUGUACAUGUGAGUAGAGUACAGAUCUGCUGUGUUGUUGUUUCUGUGUGUCAGUUCAAUAGGUUGUUACAUAGCUUGGUCCCUGAUCUGUUUGUGCUGUAUAGCCAAGUCCUAUGAUCGUUCUACCAGAGGACUUGGCCAGACAGCACAAACAGAUCUGGAACCAGGCUACAUAUUACACACCUGACCCAAUGACUUGUUGUUCUGUCCUCUUCAUUCUCAGAUGGGCUGUCCCAGCCAGUGAAGUCCAUGUCAGGAGGAGUUGCUCCCAGGCCGAUGGUGCGUCCGUGGCCCAAGGACCUGAGUCUGUACGAGGAGUUUAAAAUGAGACGAACUGAGCAGAGGCGGAGGAGCCAGAACCGUCGGAGGGAGAUGGAGAAGAAUCUUCCCCAGCCUCUAUUAGCUGACCUGGUGAAGGAGAGACGGGAGAAGACCCGGCUCAGAGUGGCCCGCUGGAGAGCCAAGAGGAAGCUGCAGGCCUGCCUACUGACCCAGAUGACCCAGACACAACACCGUCAGGCUAGCCAGGGUCUGGGCCAGGGGAACAGUGGGCUGGGGAAUCAUAGCCAGAUUAGCCACCACACACAGCACGAAACCACAGGCCCCGCUCAGACUCAGCAGAGGAACAGUGCUGCCGUCUCUCAAUCUCAGUACAAUAACAGUUUUCUGUACAACCGAACUCACUGUGAGACUGGGGCUGGUAACAUUGACUGCACUCCAUUCCAGUUCAACUCCUCCUCUCUGAUGCUGGGUCAACAUGGAGGACACAGUAUGGUGGAGCAUGUCAUGCAGCCUGCGACGACGUCAUCCUCACAGCAGGGCCUCUCCCUGACUGACUCAGAGCUCUACCAGUAA